UAUUAGGGGGAAUGCGGUAGCGCGGUGGCUGCAGGGGACCGGCGCUGCCGCCGCCGCCGCCGAGGGGCUGCCGCUGCGCGGAGAGCGCCGCGGAUCUGCUCGCCGGGGAGCCGCGUCCGCCGGCGCAGGCUCCGCGCCCAGCAGCGGGAGCGAAGGGAAGGGAAAGGAAGGGAAGGAAGGGGGCGCGCACCCCUCCGCCGCCGGAGGAGGAGGAUGAGCGGGGCGCUGCGGGGAGCGGCGCCGGCUGCAGUGAGAAAGACAUGGUGGCUGUGAGUGGGAUCUAGCGUUCAUGGUUGAAAAGAGCUUUCCACACUGGAGUGAGAAUCAAAGAACCUGUGUGUGACAUCAUCAUGAAUGAGAGAAGAAAGUAAUACAGUAUUGGAUGUGCCUGUUUGCUGCCACUGUGUAGUGAGAAAAUGAUGCAUUAUGGGGAAUCACUCAAAAGGAGUGAAUGAGAUGAACUGUUUGGGUUAUAGUAUCUGAAAGGCUAAAUUAUUCUCUUGGAGAGACGUUCUAAAUGAGCCUGACCGAGAUCCUGGAUCUGUGUGACGAGGACUAAGGAUAUAGGAUGUCAACUGAGACAGAACUUCAAGUGGCUGUUAAAACCAGCACAAAGAAAGACUCCAAAAAGAAAGGUCAGGAUCGCAGUGAAGCCACUUUAAUAAAGAGGUUUAAAGGUGACGGUGUCCGAUACAAAGCAAAACUGAUUGGGAUAGAUGAGGUUUCUGCGGCACGAGGAGACAAGUUAUGCCAAGACUCCAUGAUGAAGCUCAAGGGAAUUGUUGCUGCGGCUCGUUCGAAAGGAGAACAUAAACAAAAAAUCUUCUUAACAGUUUCCUUUGGGGGAAUCAAAAUCUUCGACGAAAAGACAGGGCUACUACAGCACCACCAUGCAGUUCAUGAAAUUUCAUACAUCGCAAAGGAUAUCACAGACCAUCGAGCAUUUGGAUAUGUAUGUGGAAAGGAGGGAAAUCACAGAUUUGUGGCAAUAAAAACAGCCCAGGCAGCUGAACCUGUAAUUCUGGACUUGCGAGACCUGUUUCAGCUCAUCUAUGAACUGAAACAAAGGGAAGAAAUGGAAAAAAAGGCACAAAAGGACAAACAGUGUGAACAAGCGGUAUACCAGACAAUUUUGGAAGAAGAUGUAGAAGAUCCUGUAUACCAGUACAUUGUGUUUGAGGCUGGACACGAGCCAAUCCGUGAGCCUGAAACGGAAGAAAACAUUUAUCAGGUUCCUACCAGCCAAAAGAAGGAAGGUGUUUAUGAUGUGCCAAAAAGUCAACCUGUAAGUCUGCAGAAUGGAAACUUAUUGCUGGACAUUGAUGAAAAUCUUGUUUCAGUCACUCAGGCUGUUACCCAACUAGAGCUUUUUGGGGACAUGUCCACUCCUCCUGAUGUAACCUCUCCCCCAACUCCUGCUACUCCAGGUGAUGCCUUUAUCCCAUCUUCAUCCCAGUCACUCCCUGCUAGUACAGACAUGUUUGGUUCUGUACCUUUCAGCACUGCUGCCGUACCCUCAGGUUAUGUUGCCAUGGGAGCUGUUCUGCCCUCCUUCUGGGGACAGCAACCACUUGUUCAACAGCAGUUGGCCAUGGGUGCUCAGCCUCCAGUUGCUCAGGUGAUGCAGGGAGGACAGCCGAUAGCGUGGGGCCAACCCGGUAUUUUUCCUCCUACUCAGCAACCAUGGCCAUCUGUAGCUGGUCAGUUCCAACCAACUGCCUUCAUGCCAACACAAACUGUUUUGCCUUUACAAGCAGCCAUGUUUCAAGGUACCAUUGCUCCUAUAGCUACUGUUCCACCCACAAGUGAUUCCAACAGAUCGAGUCCACAGACAGACAGGCCCAGACAGAAAAUGGGAAAAGAAAUGUUUAAAGAUUUCCAGAUGGCUCAGCCUCCACCAGUGCCAUCAAGAAAACCAGAUCAGCCUUCCCUCAGUUGUACCUCAGAGGCCUUCUCAAGUUACUUUAACAAAGUUGGGAUGGCACAGGAAGCAGAUGAUUGUGAUGACUUUGACAUCUCUCAGUUAAAUUUGACUCCUGUGACUUCCACGACACCAUCUACAAAUUCACCUCCAACCCCUGCACCCAGACAGAGUUCUCCAUCAAAAUCAUCAGCAUCUCAUACCAGUGAUCCUGCUGCAGAUGACCUCUUUGAAGAGGGGUUUGAAAGCCCAAGCAAAAGUGAGGAGCAAGAGGCUCCUGAUGGGUCUCAGGCCUCAUCCAACAGUGAUCCAUUUGGUGAGCCAACUGGUGAUACUAUAAGUCCACAGGUCGGUAGCUAGAUAGCGCAGGUUGGGGAAGCAGAACCUCUCUACGCCCAGAUCAACAGACCUAAGAAAUAGCAUUGUUACAGGCUUGUGGUGCUCCAAGACUCAAAUGAAACCCUACAACCUGGCAGGCCUUUGGCUCUCAUGCUUUUUUCCAAUUGAUUUUGACAAGGAGAGAUGAUUGCCCUCCUGGACUGGCUCUACAAGUGUUCCUGACUUUUUUUUUGGCAACUCAUGGCAGAUUCCUAUGGCAGCACAAAAUAAAAACUCUCCCUGCUUAUCAUACCACGAGCCCAGCCCUGUCCUCACAAGUCAUGGGUAUCCAGACUAGGAAAUCUUACUUCUCAGUCUUCUUUUAAACAUUUGUUAUCUUCUGUCUGCCACAUAUAAAUAAUGAGCAUCUGAAAUUUAUUGAGUAUUAGACAUUCUUUUUCUUUUGAGCAAAAAGCAGAGUCUGUAUGUAGCAGUGGCAUUAUCAUUCAACAGCCUUUUGGGCACAAGUCGGCACUUUUUAUGUCAUGGUGACAUGUUUUUCAUCAUCAUUUACAUCAGGGUGAUCCUGACUUUUUUUGGUUUUUUUUCCUGCGUAGACAUAUUUGAACAACAACAAAAAAUCCUGGCAGUGUCUUUUUUUUUUUUUUUUUUAUUUCUUAUUCUGUAGUUUUGUAUGAGUGACAGAUCUAACAGCAAAACGCCUCCUGCGGAAAUGAUUCCUAACUUGAAACCACAGAGUAAAACUCGGUUGUUUAUCCACCCUGACUGAAAAUGUUGCCAAAUGGACCUUUAAGUUCUAGUGCAUCAUGAGGAAGAAAUGCUGCUUUCUGUUUGAAUACUCAUGUUGUGGGUAGAGAAAGGACAUCGAGUCCCACUGAGGAAAGAUGAGUCAGUAUUUCCUAGGAAACUCUAAACAAAGUGCAGAAAAGGAAUAUUUUUAUUUCUUCAAUAUCUUGCUGCUGUAAUGCUAUGCAGACAAGUGUUUUCUUCUCUGUGUGCCAUUUUUGAUGAAAAAAAAAAUCAUUUGCCAAAUAAUACUGGUAUGAUUCUGGUUUAGGAAUUUGGAUGAAGCGGACUUUACAAAUGGGACAAGGAUGGCAUGGAUUUUGGAGUAACAAACUGAUUCUGUGAUCAAAUUGUUCAUCUUUAUCACUUUUUGUACAUCAGAAAAAUCAAAUGGGAUUUUUAUUUUAUAACUUGAAAAAAUCUUACUGUUAAACUCUUUAAAUGUUUAAGGGGAAAUGGCUUUAAGGAGUUCGAAUGAAAAUUGCCAGUUUUUUUGUAAAUAUAAAUGUUAUGAAAAUUCUUUUACUAAUGCCAUUACACAGUAGAGAAGGUAGCAAGUUGCAGUGCUUGGGAGGUGUGGCAAACCCUAUUUGUGGUUCUCACAUCACAUAUGUUUUUUCACAUGCUUACGAUAAUGGGCUGAAGCUCAAGUGCAUUUGCCAAAAGCAAGUCAGCUUGUCAGCGACUAAUGAAAUUAAUGGGAACACAUGAUUUUAUGAUCUAGCGUUAUCACACGGACAUACUCCACUUACAAGAAAUCACAUUUCAUUGACAUUCCUUUGAACCUCUGCAUAGAAGUCAUCAAACUGUUUACACACAGAACAAAAAAAAAUUAAAACUUCCUUUUUUUACAUUUAUGAAGCAAAAGUGCAGUGUUUGGGUUCAUAUGUUUAGCACAUGAUUUUCAUAAAGAAUCUAUAUAUUUUUGCCCUACAGAGAAUUGUUAUACAGGUCAAAUGUGUUUUCCUGAUGUUCCUAUGCAGUUACAGUAUAUUGAAUUUAGUGGUUUAACACUAAAAAGAAAAAAAAAAAGAAGAAAAAAAGAAAAAAAAAAGGAAAAAAAGAAAAAAAUAGAAAAAGGAAAAAAGGUUAAAGAAAUCAAAUGAUUAAUCAGUUUUUAGGGUUAUUGUGCGGAUUUUGUUUUUAAAUUGACACAUUAGGAUUUACAUUUUUGUCAUGAUUAAAAUAGGCCUGGAGUUCUAAAUAUUUUACUUUCUUUCAUCUCUGUUAUAAGCUAAAAAUGGUUUAGAAGAGAGAAUAACUGGGGUGGCGAUUGUUGAUAUGUACAACCAAAUCUCACAACAUGAUUCCAGUCUUUUAUUUUGAAUUAGAGAAAUUAGAGAAAUGUGCAUUACAGAAUGUAUGUGAAUGAAAAAUUAGCUGUGAAUAGACCUAAUGAACCUGCAGAGAAGAGAACUUUUAUCCCCAUUCACGGUCAUUUGACGCUUAUUCCUUAGUCAUGUGCAAACAGCUCUGUAGUAAGUCUUAUUUUCCCAUCAGAAGAAAGAUCAAGUUUUCUAACCGGAGAAGAUAAAUUAAAACUUGGCGGAUUGAGUGUUUCAGGAUUAAAAGCAGAGGUAAAAGCGUUUCUGAAGGACAUUUCUUUAAGAGUAUUUUCCUAAUUUGCACAGUGGUGCUACUUUCUUCCUCAGUGGCUCUUUUGGGUUUUGUCCUACAUAUGGAACCGCGAAGACAAUUUUGGUUCAUCAUAGACAUUUGAGGUUUAGUAUCGUCAGUGCAUUUCCAGUCACGGGGUAAAACGUUGAAAGAAAAAGAAGAGAUUUAUGUCUCAGAGGAUCCGUUGACAUCGUAUUUGUAGGAAGCAGAUCAUUUACGAAUAGGUGCCGAGGGAAUGAGGCUGGGAUUUUAGUGUCUCAUGAGAGACAGCUGGACCAUCACCGUGGACCUUUGUCUUACCUUUACCAACGCUCAUAAAUAAAAACAAAUUCUGAAUUGUCUUGUCAUACGAUUAGAUUGUCCUUGUCAUGGUUGAGAUGCUGAGUUGAGAGGACUGGAAGGCCUCUGCACUGUACCAGUAUUGUAGAUAACUAAAAUAUCCAGCUUGUGCAAUUGUUUAAUCCCUCAUCCUUCACUAGCACUAAAUUCGUCACUUUAAAUUUAAAAACCAGGGAAUCCCACCAGCCAUCCUGUUAUCAUCCCCCAUAGGUUCUUGAUCUUUACCUGUCAUGAAAAGAUAUUUUGAUAGAUCGUAGUCAUCCAAGUGUCUGAUGAAACCUUUCAUCUAAUAACGUACUGGGCACCUUCUUUGCAAAAAUGUUUACUUCGUGGUUUUCAUUCAUUUUUAUUUCUGCAUUCUGACACAUAUUUUUUUAAUAAAGAUGAGAAAGAUAAAAUGACUGAUGCAGUACAUUUCUAAACCUACUUUAACUUUACCUCAGAUAACGACCAUUUGUUAACAUAUACGGACACAUUAUUUUUAACUCUAUGUAUAAUGCAUUCAGCAACAACAAAAAAAACCAACAAAUUUUUAGAAAUUUUCCAUUAAUUUCUGUAACACACCAUGUAAUACUGUUAUGAAUAAAAACAUUAAAAAAAGG